GCAUGAGCCACUGUGCUAGGCCUCUUGCCUUAUUUUCUAAGCUCUCUGGAUUUGGCAUUUUGAGUGAAGGUGAUCAAUGUUAUCCUAAUGUUACAUGUUUGUUUUACUAGCCUAAUGUCUUCUGUUUCCAUUUCUCUAGAAUGUUUUGGACGUUUAAAGAAUGGUUCUGGUUGGAAAGAUUCUGGCUUCCUCCAACAAUAAAGUGGUCAGAUCUUGAGGAUCAUGAUGGACUCAUCUAUGUAAAACCUUCUCAUUUAUACAUGACAAUUCCAUAUGCUUUUCUCUUGCUGAUUAUCAGACGUGUAUUUGAAAAAUUUGUUGCUUCACCUCUAGCAAAAUCGUUUGGCAUUAAAGAGACAGUUCGAAAAGUUACACCAAAUACUGUCUUAGAGAAUUUUUUCAAACAUUCCACAAGGCAACCAAUGCAAACUGAUAUUUAUGGACUGGCAAAGAAGUGUAACUUGACGGAGCGCCAGGUGGAAAGAUGGUUUAGGAGUCGGCGGAAUCAAGAGAGGCCUUCCAGGAUGAAGAAAUUCCAGGAAGCUUGCUGGAGAUUUGCAUUUUACUUAGUGAUCACUGUUGCUGGAGUUGCAUUUCUUUAUGAUAAACCUUGGCUGUAUGACCUAUGGGAGGUUUGGAAUGGCUAUCCCAAACAGCCCCUGCUGCUAUCCCAGUACUGGUACUACAUUUUAGAAAUGAGUUUUUAUUGGUCUCUGUUAUUUAGACUUGGCUUUGAUGUCAAGAGAAAGGAUUUUCUAGCUCAUAUCAUCCACCACCUGGCUGCUAUUAGUCUGAUGAGCUUCUCUUGGUGUGCUAAUUAUAUUCGCAGUGGGACCCUUGUGAUGAUUGUACAUGAUGUGGCUGACAUUUGGCUGGAGUCUGCUAAGAUGUUUUCUUAUGCUGGAUGGACACAGACCUGUAACACCCUGUUUUUCAUCUUCUCUGCCAUAUUUUUCAUCAGUCGUCUCAUUAUUUUUCCUUUCUGGAUUUUAUAUUGCACGCUGAUCUUGCCUAUGUAUUACCUCGAGCCUUUCUUUUCAUACAUCUUCCUCAACCUACAGCUCAUGAUCUUGCAGGUCCUUCACCUUUACUGGGGUUAUUACAUCUUGAAGAUGCUCAACAGAUGUAUAUUCAUGAAGAACAUCCAGGAUGUGAGAAGCGAUGAUGAGGAUUAUGAAGAGGAAGAGGAAGAGGAAGACGAGGAGGAAGAGGAAGACGGUACCAAAGGCAAAGAGAUGGAUUGUUUAAAGAACGGCCUCGGGGCUGAGAGGCACCUCAUUCCCAAUGGUCAGUAUGGCUGUUAGCUGGAAGCCCACGGGACUCCCAUGGCACAGCAUGCUGCAAGGACUGUUGGCAGCCUGGCUUCCAAGCCCCACACAUACCCCAGAUUCUGCCCUUCCCUCUUUCUCACCACCACCUUCCCUCCCACCUAAGAUGUGUUUACCAAAAUGUUGUUAACUUGUGUUAAAAUGUUAAAUACAAGCAUGCCCAGGAAUUUUUACUGCAGUUAGGACUCAGACUGGUCAAAUAUUUCAAAGAUUUCUCCAGAGAACCGUGUCAGUUCUAACUGCGCUCCUUUGUGCAUAUAACUUUCUCAGGGGAUCACUUUGUUAUAGGCCCUUUCACUUUAUCACCUUGCCUGUCCUCGGGACGCUUUCACAAAUGCUAAGUAAUGCCAUUUUUCUCAGGUGUAUUUGGCCACAAAGAGCAGCUUGUUUCUCAAAAAUGAGUUAGAAGUGGCAGUAGGACAGGAGCAGAAGGACCACACCAGGAGACUCUUGCACGUUAUGGACACAUCCUGAAGCUUAGGUGCCUCACCUCCACAGGGCGGUGUCAGUCCCUGCCUGCCACCCUACAAGGUUGCAGUAAGGAUUAAGUGAGAUCACAGAAGUUUAAGUACACACUGUCAACCAUGGUGUCAUCGUGAACCAACCCACUUUGCACUGUUUGGGAGAGAGAAACCUGGCUAAACUUUGCACUGCGUUGGGCCUGAACAAAAGGCAGAAUCUUUAAAAAUUCUUCUUAAAUAACUCUGGAGAUACCUGGAAAUGAAAGUACCGAGAAAGAUGUUCCAUUUUAUUUGCUAACUAUUUAUGCAUCAGUUCCCCAAGGGUCAUUCUCAGAUUCUCCUGAAAUUCUUCUCCCUCAGGACCCUUGGUUCAAGGAAGGAAGUUUAGGCCCUGUUCCUUCCUGUUAUUUGCUGGUCUUUCCCUUUUUUCCUUUCUAGGAGGUAAAUUUCUGUGCUGUUGCCCUGAGCCCUUCUUUCAGGCCAACACAACUACCUGGGGACCUCCACGGGGGAAUGGGAUCCAGGUCAGGCUGCUUGCUGAACCACAUCACCCAGGAGGCCUGAGCCUCUGGGGAGGGCAUGCGUGUGCACUGCCUGACCCAGGGGAGAUCUUGGGAACAGAGGAUGCCGCGUGAUUUCCUCUGGCUUCCAAUCCAAUCAGCCUGUGUCACAGUGAAACAGCACAACACAAAAGUCCAAAAUAUACCCCUGAGAAACAUUUAAGGGCAGGUGUUAGAGUCAGUGCCAGCUCCCUGGGAGGAAGGAUAGGGAUGGGCAGGUCAGUAGCCAGCUUGUCCUCACCCUCCUCAGGGAGGGAGCACUGGGGAAGACUUGCAUACGUCCCUGCCUCCCUUGUGGCCUUGUCACCACAGGGACACGUGUCCUGGGCACAGUGUGCAGGGCUGACCUGGGAGACUUCUCAGGUGGCUGCUAACUGAGGAGAGGGCCAGGCGUUCCCAAGGAAGACCCUCAGUGAAAUCUGCAUCCGCCCUCACCCCCGCCACAGUCUCUCUUAAUGGUCAAAUUUUGUAUAUUCAUCCUAUUUAUUCAGGGGCUCAUAUUAUAAAGCCACAGGAGUGGUCGGCUUGUAGGGACUGGAAAAUCAGCCCCAAGCAGGGCAGCUGCAGGGCCCCUGAGGCCGGAAGGACACUCUGCACAGAACAGACUGCAUUAUUAUUAUUUUUACAUAAAAGUAUACAUUUGAAACCUUAAGGCUAAACAAAAAUAAACAAAAAAUCCUUUAGAAUUCUUUCUGCAACAAAAUAUCUUUUUGAGAAAUUGUUAGAACAGAAAAACAAGGUCAGAUUUUCUCUGUAUAACAUUUGCUUUUAUGAGGACAAUAUCAUAAGCAUUAUAUGUAUAAUAUGAUAUUAUAAAUCAAAAUGCCUGCACCCACUUUAGGGCAUAGCUAUUGAUUUAUUAAUAUUAUAUUAUUAUUAUUAUUAUUUUGGUGGAAGAAGGUCACACUAAGAUAGAUACAAUUUUUUAUGUUUUCAAUUAACGGUAUAUUUUCUUCUUUGCUUAUUUGGUUUCUGCCUCUGUACCCAAUAUCUUCUUGCUUAAGGUAGAAAAGUGUUUGUUUAGCUCUAUCUCCAGUUUGCUUUCUCAUUUGAAUGUUGAAGGUAAAAUUGAUAUACCAGUUUUAACUAUUUCUGAUACAGCUGAAAGCACUAAACCACUUCAUAAGAAGUAGAUACACAUUUUUGUAACACUAUUUAGGGCUUUUGUGGUUAAUUUUAAAGGAAACCACCCUUUCUACAGGAAACAAGGGCUCGGGAUUCUUCCAGAGGACCUUAUAAAAAUGCAGUCUGCGGUGCCAUCAAUAUUGUAACAGUAAUGACUUACAAUAAAACAAAAAGUCCAGUGUA